AGGCGUGUACCGCAAAAGACACACAGACAGACAGCAAAAUGGCAGACUAUGAUGAACCCAUUUCAGAUGAAGAAAAGGUGCGGAUAGCCUCGGACUUUAUCCUCCACGCACCUCCAGGAGAAUUUAAUGAAGUUUUUAACGAUGUGAGAAUACUGCUGAAUGAUGAUAACUUAUUGAAGGAGGAGGCAUCAGGGGCCUUUGCACAAUACAACAAAGACCAGUUCACUCCAUGCAAAGUUGAUGGUUCUGAAGAACAGGUGCUAAUAACUGACCAUGGAGACCUUGGUGGGGGUAGAUUUUUAGUACCAAGAACAAAACAGUCAUUAAGGUAUGAUCAUUUGAGGAAAGAGGGCAGUGACUUGCAGUCGGCAGACAUUGACCACACAGCCGAGCCCUGGCGAGCAGCCCUGGAGACCGCGUUCACCACCUAUACCCAUGAAUACUACAAGUACGGUCACUGCACAGUGUAUGGGAGUAGUGCAGGGGGAAACAUCACACUUAUAGCUUGUAUAGAAAGCCACCAAUUCCAGCCAAAGAAUUUCUGGAAUGGCCGCUGGCGUUCACAAUGGUCUGUCACAUUUCCAGAGUCUGGUGGAAGCUCAGAAAUAACAGGCAUUCUCAAAGUGCAGGUCCACUAUUAUGAGGAUGGUAAUGUCCAACUAGUGAGUUCUAAAGAAGUGAAAAAUGAUCUAAAUGCAUCCAGUGAACAAGAAACGGCUAAGAAGUUUGUUCAAAUUGUACAAGAGGCAGAGAAUGAAUACCAAACUGCCAUCUCUAAGAACUACCUGACAAUGUCGGACACAACAUUCAAGGCAUUACGUCGACAGUUGCCUGUAACACGCACCAAGAUAGACUGGAACAAAAUCCUAGGUUACAAAAUAGGGAAUGAACUAAAGAAUGCAUAACAAUGAUUCCUAGGAGCUAAAUAGGAAUUUUCCCCAGAUAUUAUUAUUAGCAUUAAUAAUAACUACAGACACUACUUCUAUGUUAUGGAAAUGAAAAGGCACGGAUCAAAAGUGCUUUUUGUGAUUGGGAUACUCACCACUUCAAGAAUUCCCUGGAUUGAUCAAGAUUGUUUUUGCUUUUUUGAUACCUACCCUCUCAAAAUUGUAUGCCAUAUUUGUUUUACCUUGGGGGGUUUAACAUGAGAGAAAUUCAAUCAAAAUUAGAAAAAUGAUUGCAUUGGAAUACCAGCUUGGCACUUCUUUUCAGAUCAUUUUGUCGUUACUAUGAAAGGUUGUCAUGGCACCAGGUAAUUUGUUUGACAUAGACAAGGACAGCUGUCGCAGGAUUUGUAAAUAUACAAGCUUUUGGAAAAAUAGAGUGAACUUGGGAAGGAUGUUAUCAGUGUUAAAUUGCCAAUUGAGACUGGAUCAUUUCGUCAGGGACUUCUGUGGUAUAUAGCUUUUAGGCUUUUUAGCGCAAUGCACUGUGGGGUUUGGAGACCUUGCUCAAAAGGUGGUUUAUUCCUGUACAGUGAAUGUGAUUGGUUUCUUGGAAAAGAUUUAGUUACCAAUUUCUUAAGGUGAUCACACUUCAUUUCCUUGAAAAUUUGUUGCAUUGAGACGAUGUAUGUUACUGCACCCAAUAAUCUUCGUCAUUGGCCACUUUUUUAUUACUGCCCUAUGUUCAGUUUAUCCAAGAGGGGGGAUUUGAAGAGAAUUGUCGAUUAUAUUUUUCAAAGAAUUGCUCGUUUUAAAAGAGGUCUUCCUUAUGCAGUGAUGUUUGUGGAAGUGUUACCUUGGAUGUCCAACUAUCCAUAUAAAAGAGAUCAGAAAACAUGGGCGAAUUUCAUAAAAUCUUCGGCGAAUUAUUAUUAUACAUUCUGUUAUAAUACUAUGAUAUUAGGCAUACCGUUCUACGAAUUAACAGUUAGUAAAAGUAGCGAUUAUUUGUAUGUACUUUACUAACGCAAAAAUUAGGGCCAAGUAUAUCAUUUUUUCUUUGAAGAAUCUUGAUUCCAUUAUCAGAUAUCGCCAAUUAAAAAUUCUCCAUUCAGUAUCA